AUGUCUUCGAGCUCCUACCUUCAUCCUGGCAUCCCGUUCUCCCGACCUAGCACUCCCUCGUUACAUAAAUCUAUAGGAUGGAUCGGACUAGGUUCCAUGGGCUAUCUUAUGGCGAGGAACCUCGCCAAACACCUGGAGGGUCGCAUCAUCGUUUACAAUCGCACGAGAGCUAAGAGCGAAAAGCUCCAGGAGGAGCUGGGACCAAACAAAAUUAAAGUUGUUGACGCGAUCUCGGAGCUAGUGAUAGCGAGCGACGUGGUGUUUACGAACCUCGCGAAUGACGAGGUCGUUAACUCGGUGUAUGACAGGAUUUCGCAUGUAUUGACCGAGCAUCCUCCUAAUGCAACCAAGAUCUUUGUCGACACUUCCACUAUAUACCCAACACUUGCGGGUCAACUUAAGGACAAAAUCAGUGCAUUCAACUCGGCGCAUUUCGUGAUGGCCCCUGUGUUCGGCGCGCCGCCGGCCGCCGAUGCCGCCAAGCUCAUUGUUGUUUUGGGAGGAGACUACGAAUCUAGGAAAGAAAUAGCUUACCUCAUGGUUCCCUCGGUGGGUCGUAAGGCAAUUGACCUGGGAGAGAACGUCGAAAAGCCGUCUGCACUGAAACUGAUUGGGAAUAGUUUCAUUCUUGGUACCAUUGAGCUGCUGGCGGAAACAAUGACUCUCGCAGAAAAAUCGGGUGUGGGAGCACCAGCGUUAUUUGGGGUCGUUAAAGGUGAGUUACAAGCCCCACAAUUACAGAAGGUUCAUUCAUAUGGGAGCAAGAUUCUGAACGACGACUUUGACGGCACGAAAGGAUUCUCCCUUGCUGGAGGUCUAAAAGAUGCUGGGCAUAUCCGUCGCUUAGGAUUCGAGAAUAACAGCCCCAUGCCCACGAUUGAUAUCGCACAUCAACAUCUGCUGACUGCUCGGGCUCUGCAUACCUCCAAUGAAUCAGCCUCGAAGUCUCCAUUUGAGGUGCUUGAUUGGAGUGCGUUGGUAGCUGGGGCUCGCGUGGCAGCAGGCCUUCCAGGGUUCGACAAUCACAAGGUUCAGACCGGUGGAGUCGUCCUUGGAGACCACUGA